CCCGGCCGGCUCCGCCCCGCAGCUCCGGUUUCAGCCGCUGCUACAGGGACCCCCAAGAUGGAAUCGCAGGGGCUGCUCGCCGCGGUGGAGGCGGCCCGGCCCGAGCCUGGCGCCCAGCAACAUGGCGGCGGCGUCGUUGCCAGCGAGCGGGCCCUCUCCUCGGCGCCUUCCCCCUCAGGGCCGCCGCGCCCGUCUCCUCAGAGGCACGACUCGGCCGCCUCCGCAGCAGGAGGCCUGGACGUGGCAUUCCCGGUGCUGCUGCUGCUGGAGGGCGAGAAGCCGCCGGAGCCGCCGCCACCAUUGCCGCCCCCGCCUGCUCAGCCGCCCGCCGUGCCGCAAGGACCCUCCGCCGCCGCAGCUGGAGGCUCCGAGCAGCAACAGCAGGACAGCGACGCCCUGCUGCUGGUGCUCAACCUGGUGCGGGGCGGAGCGGCUGGGAGCCUCUCGGGUGGGCCCCCACAGCAGCCGCCCCCGCCUCAGCCGGCGGAGAGGAGCGCAGGCGGCGGCGGCCGAGGGGGAGGCGAGGCACCAUUUCCCGCCCCUCCCGAGAAGCCACCGCGGGAGGACCCGGGCGCCGCCUCGUCCUUCUCGGGCACGCUGACCCUCAACAACCAGAGCCUGCUGGUGCGCUUCGAAAACGGCCUCCUGAGCCUCGCGGGCCCGCCUCCGCCCCCCGGCCUGGCCGCCCAGCCCUCCUCGGCUUCCGCCGCUCGCCCCGCCGCCGCCGUCUACCCGUGCCCGGAGCCGCGCUGCGCCGAGGCCUUCUCCCGCAAGCAGCUGCUGCGCCUGCACCGGCUCUCGGCCCACGGCGGCGCAGGAGAAGCGGCGGCCUCCCCGGCCCGGUCUGCGCGGCCCUUCCGGUGCGCGGUGCCCGGCUGCGCGUGGGCCUUCGCCACGGCCUACAAGCUGCGGCGCCACCAGCACUCGCACGACAAGCUGCGGCCCUUCGCCUGCCCGGCCGACGGCUGCACCAAGCGCUUCACCACCGUCUACAACCUGCGGGCGCACGGCCGGGCCCACCAGCAGGAGGCGGCGCACAAGUGCGAGGCCUGCGGGCAGCGCUUCCCCACCGCCGCCCGCCUCGGCGCGCACCGCCGGCGCAGCCACUUGGAGCCCGACCGGCCCUACCGGUGCGAGUACCCAGGUUGUGACAGGACUUUUAUAACAGUGAGUGCAUUGUUUUCCCAUAAUCGCGUCCACUUUAGAGAACAAGAACUGUUCUCCUGCUCCUUCCCAGGAUGUAGCAAGCAGUAUGACAAAGCCUGCCGACUGAAAAUCCACAUGAGAAGUCACACAGGUGAAAGGCCGUUCAUUUGUGACUUUGAAGGCUGUGGCUGGUCUUUUACCAGCAUGUCCAAGCUGUUAAGACACAAAAGGAAACAUGAAGAUGACAGGCGAUUUACAUGUUCCGUAGAAGGCUGUGGAAAAUCCUUCACAAGAGCAGAACACUUGAAAGGCCAUAGUAUAACUCAUCUUGGUACAAAGCCAUUUGAGUGUCCAGUAGAAGGUUGUUUUGCAAAAUUCUCUGCACGCAGUAGCCUUUACAUUCACUCCAAAAAGCACCUUCAGGAUGUGGACUCGUUGAAAACCCGCUGCCCUGUAUCUAGCUGUAAUAAAUUGUUUACUUCCAAGCACAGUAUGAAAACGCAUAUGGUCAAACAGCACAAUUUCAGUGCAGAUCUCUUAAAUCAAAUGGAAACAAUCAGUUCCCUCACGCCUAGCAGUGAACUCACCAAUUCAGGACAAAGUGACCUCAGCAAUAUAGAUCUUGUGUCCCUCUUUUCCAGUGUAUCUGGGAACAGUUCUGGAAUUUCAACUGAUAUGGCUCUGAUAAACUCUGGAAUUCUCACUAUAGAUGUUGCUUCUGUGGGCUCCACCCUUGGGGGCAGUCUUUCUGUUGGUAGCAACUCUCUUGGUCAUACAGUUGACCCGCUGAUUUUAGUGACUAGUGGUGACAUUCCACACAGCCUGGACAGCUCUCUUCUCUUGGGAACCAAUGCCACAGUUUUACAGCAAAGCACUUUAAAUUUGGAUGAUGUACAGACUGUCAAUGCAGAGGCCUUAGGCUCACUAGCGUCUACAAAGAAUUCCAAUCAAGAUCUACAUGGUUUGACCUCCAGCAAUAACCUUUCUGUAGAUGCAGCCUCUUUAACCCUGUCCAACAACCUUGGUGGAAACAAUGCUCCUGAAUUACUGGCUCCAAGUAAAGCCGAACAGACUUUGCUUCCUACUCUGGACGUUGUGGGACAGCAAGAAGGCAGUAAAGUGGUGACUCAGUUUGUGUUCGCCAAUCCUCCAGGAAGUUACAGUGCGCAGAAAGAAACUGAUCUGAGCAUGGUGACUGGCAGCUCUUUUCUGGAGAGUGGUGGGUCUGCAAGAACUGAUUAUAGAGCCAUUCAGCUUGCCAAGAAGAGAAAGCAGAAAGGCAACGAGACCGACAUAGGAUCCCCUACCUCUGGCAUCAGAAAAGGCAAAGAAGAUAAAGUCAGUUCUACCCAUGGGGCUCGAUUGUGUAACAGUGUUUUGUCAAAUGGAGGCCUGCCAGUAAGAGAUUCAUCAGCUGGCUCGCAGUAUGGUCAGAUUCAGCUACUUCAGGAUGAUUCCCCAGGGGAGGGAGAUCUUCCCUUUCAGCUCAGCUCUCAGUCCUCCUCGUCACAUUCACAGCUAACAGUGGAUUUGCCUGUUCAUAUCCUUCAGGAGCCCCACAAUUCCAAUGAAGAUGAUGCCAGUUCGGAUAAUUCUCAGUUUACAGGAAGCACAAUUAAUCUGCAAGACCUGGAAUAAUAGUCCCAGGAACAGAGAUAUCGAGUUAUUUAAGAAGUACAGUGGCGUCUUGCAAAUAGAAGAGAACAUUUAUACUUUUAAAAGGAAAAAAAAGACGGAAGUGCACUCAUCAGUACUUACCUGAUGGUUUGCUUGAUGGUAUUAGUGCAAUGAAAAAAACUGUUCAGUAAAUUUUAUUUGAUACAACUCUUGGAAAUCUUGGUACAUUCUCUCUAGGUGUCAGAAAAAGGUGGUUGUGUGUGCGAAUGGGACCUUGAGUUAUGCCAUAGAUGUUUUGAAAUAUAUCCUUGGAUUGGGGUGGGCUAGAAUGGCUGUCCUCUGUGAUCCUUUUAUGGACACAAUAUUGAAAUAUUAAUGAACAGUUACAGUUGACUGUUUUUCCUCUGUAUUGGUGCAAGUUAGUGAUGGUAGGUAUCCCAAACUGAGUAUAGAGCUAAAAUGGAAGAAUAAGGGUAAAGACUGCUUACUUUCCACAGAUUUCUUUUGCCAACAGUGUUGAACGAUCCAAGCGUAAGGACACCAACCCAGAAAAAUAGGACAGUGCUCAGGAAUAUUUCACAUUGAAACACAGCUAAACAGUUUCUUGUUGCUUCCAUCCCUGAUAACUUGCAUUAUUCUUCUUCUGCAGAUCUUGGAUAUGAUAGCUUUACUACCUACUCUUUAGUGAGUAGCCAGUUAAUGAUCACAUCAGAUCUUAGAAAACCAGUAAAAAUGCCUCACUUUGCACUUUGGGAGGCUUUUUUGUGGAUGGUAAUCCCUACCCCUACAAUGAUGUUUACAGUAAUACAAAGCAGUGUUGCCAAUUCAAGCGAAGCUGCCACUUCUUAAUUGCAUACAAUCUGAUCCUACGUAUGUUUACUCAGAAGUAAGGUUUGCUGAUUUCAGUGGAAUUUACUUGGGAGUGAGAGGCCAUAUAGGUGCACCUUGACCUGUUUACGAUUGACGUAUCUGCUGAGCCGCACUGAGCUUCCAGGUGGCGUCUCGUGUGUUACGUGAAAGCAAAUGAAUUCUUGCUUGAGCAGAAAAGAGCAUUUUAACUUAACAGGAAGCUUCUUUUUUACAAGAAUUGUAGACUAAAUAAAUUCCCCUAAUAAUGGUGUAAAAUCCGCAUUCAGCAACAUAGAUUAAGACUGGAACUUUUUGGCAUGUGCCCAAAUAACCAUAAAAUUACAAAUAGAAUUUUGUUAGAGCAUGGAUUUUGGUGUCUAUGGGUUUUUAUUCCCACUGAGUGAAACUACAAAUAUGCUUGAGUUUUUUUUGUAAAGCAAUAGGUCCUACAGAUGAACUCUUUAUAAUCCUAAAUUUUUAAUAUAAUUAUAUUCAGACAUGGAGGGCUGUAAGAAAUAGUGAUGAUAACAGUGUUUGAGAGCAAACUUGUGCAGGUUGAUCAUCUCCUGCAGUGUAUUCCGCACUGGCCAAAUGCUUGCCAAGUUUGGGCACAGUUCAGAAUGAGAUUGCCCUGCUGCCUCCUUGCUUCUCCCACCCAAAUUUACUUUAGGACAGAGGCAAUGAACAGAGGUUAUUGAUCAGGCUUCCACUUAAUGCCUAUAGAGUACAGUGGUGGCAACAUCUUGUAUACUAGGAGCUUUUACUAGAGAUGCCAGGAAUUGUACCAUUCUUGGAACUUGGAGGAAGUAGACUUGGCCUAAUCUUGGUCUUGAAUAUUUUGUUAGGACAAUAAGGAGGCCAGGAUGCACUUGGAAAUAGAAAUUUAAAAGUAUUAAUAUUUAUUAUUUUGGAGAAUGAAUCUUUUCACCUAUUGUAAAAUUGAGAGUUAGGGCAGGGUUUACCCAUCACUUGUUUAAAAUGUGGUAAUGAAUUCCUGUGCCUUUUGAACGUCCAUUUCCAGGAUAAUGUAGCUUUUUGGGGAUUGAAAUAAUUUUACUGAUUAGCUCACUUCAGAUUCUGAUUUUCUGUAUUAUCUUUAAAAAUGUAAUCUUGAUUAACUGGCUUGAUUUUUACAUUAUUGCUGUUGUAUGCUAUCUGACCAGUGGCUCGAACUGUUUCUAAACUGAUUGCAACUUGUGCCUAAAUUAUUUUCCAUGUUUCUCAGAUGAAGCCGGAAGGAUGAAGAUACUGCUAAUCUCUCAAGCCUUUAAAAAAAAUUACUCUGUAUUUAGAAGAAACCAAAACAGGAUGAAUCUUCUAAAAGAUGAUGGUGUUGAAAGAAUAGCUGGGGACUUGUCCCGGUAAACUGUCACCUCAAGCUCUUAAUUUGGUGGAAUGGUUCACAUGCUUACCUGGCCAGUAAUCAUCUUUAUGGUGAUGUCCUCUUGGAAAGCAAAGUAAAGCUAGUACACCACAAGGUGGUCCAUAUGUGCCUAGACCUAACCCACUAUAUUCUAUCCUCCCACUAUUUUUAGGGGAAAGAAAGCUUCUCUGAGGAUGAACUGAUGGAGUACAGAUCCAACAGAUUACCUUAGAUGCUUGGGGGUGGGGCAGACCCUUACUAUAACACACAAAGAGGACGAUUGGCUGGGUAAAAGUGUGAACUGGACCCAUCUAAAGUGGUGCUCCCUUUUCUUUUUUUGCAGUCACAAAUUUUUAAAGUAACUUUUUAUGGGGGCUUGUAACUGUACCGCUAAAAAGUUUAUUCACUUGGCUUUGUAAAUCCUUGUAAAUUUCUAAUGGCUUGACGGUAAGCUAGCAUCAUUUUUUUUUCCAGCACAGUCCAUUGCUGGCAGUGGACACCUAAAAUGCUGAGAUAGAAAAAAUAAUAAAAACUAAUGUCCAGUU